AGGCCUCCCUGUGACGUAAUAGCAACUGCCCGUUUCCGGGGAGGAGCCAGAGAGGGCGGGAGUUUAGGCGGCGCCAACCCCUCAGCCCCCCUUCAGGAGACAGUCGGAACCCAGGACAUGCCGGGACUGAGGAGAUACGAGGUGGCGCUGGAGUCGGAGGAGGAGAUCUACUGGGGCUGUUUCUACUUUUUCCCCUGGCUGCGAAUGUGGCGCAGGGACAGGAGCUCAGCGCAUCCCAGGGAGCAGAAGCUGGAGCCUCUGCGGGGCCUGAUGAGCUGUCUGUCCAGCGGCCUGGGCCCUGGGCCCCAGCGCGCGGGUCGUGGCCUCCUCUGCCGCACACCCGCCACUGCUGUCCAGCCAGCUGGUGCAUUAAAGAUUUAAAGCCAAGCCCACAGUACUGCCUUCCUCACUGUGCCGCCUCUGCCGCCAUUCUACCUGGGAGUCCCUCUUCACACCUGCUGCUUCCCUACUCUGAGGGCCUCUCUCCCUGGUAGGAUGCCCUUCCAAGUCAGGACUCCUGACAUUCUUAAGAGCCUCUCAUCAAUGUCAGGCUUCCUGUGGCUAUCAAUGACUGCCUCCCUGCCUUCUGCCCUCCUAACACUCCAGUGAUUGUUAAUAACCUACAUGGAGACAAACUAAUAAUCCUGGUCUGAUCUCCCUGUAUACUUUAUCCUCACAUUUGUAUGCUCUACACCCCUGUCACUCCUUCACCACCUUCCUCCUAUCCAAGACUUUGACAAGUAUCUGAAGAAUAUUACCUUCUUCAGAGUAAAUCUAAAACACUAAGCCAAGUUGUAGGAUGUAGACCAUCAUUGAAAAGAGGGGAAAAUUCCCAGAACCGGCCUCCCAUAUCCUGUGUCUGAAGAGCACUGUGGGUUGGGGCUUUUCCUACAGUUAAUAUCCCAAGCUGCUUUCUCCAGUCUGAUCCCAAUUUUAGAUGUAUUUGCCCUCAGCCAACUGUGACAUUUUUGCUCCUUCUCUAGAAGAGUACUGCUUCUUGCCAGCCCUUUUUGUCAUGUCAGCUAAUCAGCCAGAGACUCACUGACUCCUAAAGUGAUGAGAGUCAGGGACUGCUAUGUGUGCCUGCUUUCAGUUAAAGCUGGCUUGGGGAAUUAAAUUACAGAGACAGCCCAGUUUCUGGCUGGAGCCAAUGUUGACUUUGAGCCUGGGGCUGCUCUUGCCACAACAGACUGUGGCUAGGGAAGACUUGACCUUAUUUUUGGAGAAACUAAAGAGGAGAGAUUUGUUUUCUACCUUCCAAAGGUCUCUGGACUGACAAGUCCAGGAAAGACUACAAAGUAUGUGACAAGCAACCAGCUAAUGGACAAGGUCUGUGACAAGAUGAUGGAUCCUAGAUCUCCUUGGAAUAUUCUUAGUAGACACACUCAAGCUCUGGAGGAUAUGUUCAUAUUGGGAGUGGAAGAGCAAUCCUAAGGCCUGUGGUACCAAGAAUUCUAAAUGAAUGAUCUCUGUGGUCACUUUCAAGAAAGUCCCAUCUUUUUACCUGUUUGUCUACUUUUUCAAAUGUGGAAUAUUAUAUCCAACCCUGGGCCCACAGCUUACCAGGAUACUGUCGAAGACUUGAAGAUCCCUGGGAUAAUUCCAGAGAGGGACCUUCCAAAGGAGGAGGAGAGACCCAGGUUUUCAGCCUGGAAGGUGACUAGUCCCUACUAUGGGAGCUGAAACCCCUCCUAAAUGUGGAAGCACCCUGGCCACCGAGAGAAGGGAGAGAAAACUUAGGCCAUAUACAGAGUAACUGACCCCAGAGCAGAAGACUGAAGACACCCCUGCAACAUUUAGAAAAGGCCUAGGUUAUUGAUGUAUGACUUGGUUUGUGUUUCAAAUACAGAGCAAGACUUGAAGAUUACAAUCUCCAGCCAGGAAUGGAACACUCUGCAAGGAGCCUAGGCCACUGAUCUAGAACAUUUGCCUAGCCCGCCCCAUCCUAGGUAGUUUCUGACUUUCCAGAAACAGCUGGAUGAGGAGGGACACAAAUGUUGCAUUUGGACAUGAGGAAGAAGGGAGAUCUGGGUAUGAGAUUGGGAUAGGAAGGAGGUCAAGUUGGAACUAUAGCUGGAGGAUGGAUGCAGAAGGUAUCAAGACUGGAAAUGGGUAUUACUGGAAUGGGGAGGGGUGUAAUUUGUCCAGUCCUAUAAUGAAAGGAGGCUGGAAUUUAAAACAAAAGCAACAUAACUUAUUCUAAAGUCUGAUAUCUCUAACAAGCCAGGGACUGAAUGUAGAGACUCCAGGCCCUUGCUAACAAACUUCUGUUCCUGGAACAGAGCUAGGCAAAAAAACAAGAAGGUAAGAUUUCUUGUGCCUUCCACCAAAUUUGACAUCAGCCAUCUGGCACCAAAGAGCUUGUAUCUCCUUUCACAGACCUCACCUUAUCUUUCCCUACUUCACCAUCUCCAGGGGACCCACAAGACUAAUGGAAAGUCACCUUCUUCUAGCUUCUCUGUAGCUGGUCCCAGCAAAGACCUCCCUUCAGCCAAAAGAACUUGUUUAGGGACCCAUUCCCAACAAUUUCUCCUGAAAGACAAGCAGGCCAGGGCAUGAAGGCAAGUUAGUCCUGGCCUGGCCUGUUUCCACCCCAUAUGCAACUCGUGUCAAAAUUUGUGUGCUGUAUGCUUUUUUUUUUUUUUUUUUAUCUGCAAUAGCCCAAUCAUGAAUGUGACUGAGGUUUUAUUCAUAUGACUGAAUAUAUGGCUAUGGGAAUAUGAGUUUAAACAUCUAUUAUUAGAUGUUACUGAGGAUCUCUAGUUAUUACUGUACCUUCAGCACCCACAUCAUGUACUACCCUCUCGCCUGCUUCUCUGAUGAGGGCUUAAGAGCCCAUUAGAAAUGAUAGUCCUACAAGAAGUGGUCCAUGGCAACAGGCCAGGAAUUGAAGCUCAGGAAUGUCACAAGAUAAGCAGUACAUCUCCACCUGUCUCUGACUCACUGAUGCCCCAGGUAAAAUGCACACAGAUAAAAGGUAUGGGAGAAGGAGCAGAGAGAAGCAAGCAUCUCAGCUGAGAAGCAUGAAGGAAUUUGCCUCACC